AUGAGCAAACUCCUCACCAUCCUCGGCGCUACUGGCAACCAAGGCGGCUCAGUCGCCAACUACGUCGUCGCAGACCCAGUUCUGAGCAAGGAAUAUUCCAUUCGUGCAGUCACACGGGACACUCAAAAACCAGCCGCUCAAGAAUUAGCAGCCAAGGGCAUCGAAGUUGUUCAAGGUGACCUCGAUGACAUCGACUCCAUCAAAGCCGCGUUCAAAGGUGCCCAUACUGUUUUCGCAGUCACCACCACCAUAUACGACGAGCAGUUGAAAGCUCGCGAAGUCCGUCAGGGAAAGGCUAUCGCUGACGCUGCUAUUGAAGCCGGUGUCAAAUACCUUAUUUGGAGUACGCUGUCCUCGCCAACGCUAGAGUCGAAGGGCAAAUACCCCAACGUCGAGUCGUUUGACUCCAAAUACGAGGUGGAGCAGUAUAUCCGCAACCUCCCCAUCAAAAGCGCCUUCUUUGCGCCUUCAAGCUUCAUGCAAAACUAUAAUCGGUUCGUGCUUCCUCACCACUCCGGUGAUGGCACGUUUUCCAUAAUCAAUGUCGUGCGUGGCGAUACCAAACUUCCGCAUAUCGAGACCAAGGGCGAUACGGGAAAAUAUGUCGGUGCAGUUCUAGCUGAGCCUGACAAAUUCGAGGGCAAAGUCUUGUCAGCAUCAACCGACUUCUAUAGUUAUGAUGACGUGGCCGAAACGUUGACUCGUCUUACGGGUAAGACAGUCAAGUACAAUCAGGUCCCUGUUGAUGUCUUCAAAGGGUAUUUACCGCCUCAUGGAGCGCAGUGUAUGGCUGAGAUGAUGCUGUAUAGUGAGGAUACGGGAUACUACGGAAGUGAGACGAAGGAAAAAGUUGCCUGGACAGUGAGCGUUGCUCGUGGGAAGCUUACUACGUUGGAAGAAUAUUUUACUAAGAAUAUCCCCCCGGCUUUGGCUUGA